AUGUCUACCGACCAAAAGAAGAAACUGUUAUGGGGGAGUAAAAAGAGCACCACCACUGAAGAGACUGCUCAUCCUUGGGAUACGGCACUGUUUGGUGAUCGUGAACGACAAGAAAAGUUCAACAAGCUCAUGGGUUUGAAGGGCGAUGUGAAAGUAGAGCAGAAACCCGACAACCAAGAUGGCAGUGGCCUCCUUCGGGCCGAGAAGCAGAAGGAACUCCAGAUGGAUUUGGAGAAGCAAUACACUGCUGGACUUCGUCGACGAGAUGGCCGUACAGUUGGACUAGGUCUUUGA